GCGGUCGUUUGUCGUCGCGGUCGCCGUGCCGUAAUAUUAUUAUUGUUUUGCGGAUUGUGUUCAAUAAAAUAAUAAUAAUAAUAAAACACGACCGUGUCCGCUGUAACUCAAAAAUAAUAAAAUAUAAAAAAUCGAAAUACGAAAACCGCGAACGGUCAAUAUAUUAUUUAUCGAAACGUCACGACGAUAAUAAUAUUAAAACGUAUAACGUUGCACGGUUAGCCGAAUGCCGUCGUUAUAUUACAGUAUAGCGUAGUAGAUAAUAAUAAUAUAUAUAUACGUAUAAUACGGUACGGGCAAACCUCGAGUGUUGUGGGUGCGUCGAAUUUCGAUCGGGGGCGGCGGCGGCGGUGGUGGUAAAUUUAUUUUUCCUUCUCCCGGACGAGAUACCCGAGAGCGUCGGUCUCGCGCUGGCGACCUGCAGCUCUACCCACGCGAUAAUAACACCGUAGAAUAUUAUAUCAUAUUAUAAAUUUAUAUAUAUACAACGUCGUCGAGGCAUUACCAUCUCAAAAGUACAAUAGAUUGCAAUAAGUGGCAUAAUAACGUUACGUCGUAGUAGAUAGCCGCGCGCGGGACAUCGCAUAGUAUUUCAUCGCCGGCAAUCAUCAUGUCUUGGUUUUUUUCGGCCGACGAUGACGAGGAAGACGAAAACUUGCUCUUUAGCCCCGCGCUCAUGGCCCGGAGGGCCAGUGAGAGUUGGAUCGAUACACCGCCAAUAGAGGAAGUUCCGGUCCAGAUGGCACUGCAGCGCAAAAAGAGUCUGCCAGACGUUCAAGUGCCGUUGAACGCUCCGGCGUCGAUCACCCGAGAAGAGGUGUCCGUGUUGAGUUCGGCCAGGAGGGAAGAGAUGCGUAGGGUGGAAGAAGAAAACGAACGGCUCAGAGCCAACCCACUGCUCUACCUAGUCAGUCCGCACAUGAAGGAUUGGUUCACGAGGCAACAGUUGGUGUUGGUCAUAUUGAUCGUCAACAUAUCGUUGGCGUUGAUGUUUUUCAAACUUCUGACAUCCUAGACGCGACGCCGGCGGUGGACGGCUUGGACACUUCCGCAGAGCCACAUACGAAAAUAGAAAACGAAAUAUACAUUUAUUAUAUUUUUUCAGACAUGACAUGUUGUGUUAAUUCGACGGUGACAAAUCAAUGUUAUUGCGCGUCAACGUUAAUAAUUAUUAUUUUUAUAACGGCCGUUUCGGGACGAGACGGUUCGGAGCGGACCCGGACGUCUCGUCCGGAAAACGUAUCCGAUGCGUUUAUUUAUUAUCGUUUCAAUCACUUUUUGGCAAUGUUAUAAACUAUAAAUUACAAUAUAUACAUACAUAUACAUAUAUAAAUAUAUUUAUUAUAUAAUAAAUGUUAUAUAUGUAUAUGUUUGUAUAUAUAUUUACACCUAACACCACGUUUGUUGUACGGCGUUAUUUCCCAAUAAAUCGAUUUAUUAUUAUUAUUAUUAUUAUUAUUAUUAUUAUUAUAUUAUAACACGUAGUGACACGAUAUGAGGUCGAACAACCCGACGACGAUGUCUUAUAAUAUAUUAUAUUAUAUAUUAUCAUAUAAGACUCGAGUCGAAGGCGAUUGGCUUUUAUUUCGGUAUAAUAUUAUAUUUUGUUAGUGAAUAUAGUGCAUUUGAUUUUUUUUCGUUCUCUCUAGAUGUUGUUGUUGUUUUUUUUUUGUUUCCCGCGUAAAAUAUAUUAUACGAUGACCAAAUA